UAUUCAACAGUGUUGAAAAAGUGUUGAAAUAGUGUUGACUAACUGUUUAAAGAAACUCUUACUGUUGAAACAAAAUUCAACGUGUUUACAACCAAUUCAGCGAUUUCAGCAUUCGCGGGACUUUUCUGCGGGUUCUCCAGCUAUACGUACGAUGUAGCCAGUCUCCAGCCGCUCUCCAAGGGACUUGAAAGUUGAAAGGAGGGUCAGAAGAGCUGUCAGAAGAACAGCUGAAGAACCCAGCGGCAUUCAUAGGAUCACACUGACUUAUGAAAAUGACUUCAGCAGGAAAAAUUCAGCGUUCGCACGUUCGCACUGUAAAGGCCAAUCUUCGUUCGCAUUGGUGACCAAUCACCUGGACACCGGUGUCAGGUACCAGUACCUACUAGUACUUCGUUGCACCUGGCUAUGCAACAACCUCUCCCCGUAGAUGAUUCGGCCCUCCUAUACAUUUCGAGCUUGCGAUGGAGAGGAAGCGCCAAAGGCCAUGCUUAUCGUACUGGAGAUGGCUGGUUCUCCUUACCUGUGGUAACCGAAUGUGAUGUUCAACCGUAUACUCGGCGUGAGGCAGGGCAACCAGGCUGGACUUGUUCCCAAAGGUCCAAAGAGAGAGCUCCGUCAAUUGUCAAAAAGAAUACUUUGGUGCUAGUGAACAUUCAAAAAGCUUACAAAUAAAAAGCGAAUUAUUGACAGCCAUGAUGAAACCAUGUGGGUCGUCAGCUCCUUUGUGUAUCCUCUUGCUGCUCCUGAAUGCUGCAAUAGUUGCCGCCAAUUGGGAAGCUCAUAUUGAUUCUGUCCAUGGCCAGUCCUUUGAUUUCACCACUGGCAGUGAACAUGGAGCAGAACUGCGAGUGGAAGCGUAUGAUGAAUGCCGCAAGGACGCGGGACAAAGGAACUGGAUGGGGGAGUUCUACCCUUCGACCUCUAUGACUGGGAUAAGGGCGGAUACUUCUCGUGUGCAUGGUCCGGGUGGUGGCAAUCACAUUUCAUUUACAUUCACCGAGGGGAUCAACGAAAAUCUCAAUCUCUACUCGGACAACGGGGACAACACCGCUACAGUAGAGUUCUGUGCCCAAGUGGGGCUCUACCACAGCGGCGUGCUGGUCAACUUUUCAGAAGUCAAGCUCACCUACAAUGUUGACUUGGUGACGAACUUCGCUUCCUUGACGGGCUACACUGUGACCGGUGCAGAAGCAUACACAGAUGCCGAGGACGUGGAGAAGAACUUUGAUGGAUCACUGCGGGCUUACUUCUGCAACCCUUCAAGUUUUGAAGAACUUCAAGAUGAUGGUUCUGUUACAAACCAAGGCAGUAUUCUGAAUCUAUGCUUCACGGUUGCAUCUGGCGGAGAGUUUAAGAUCAAAGAUGUCCAAGACCUGUUGGUGAGAAACGGCAUGGGCGAGGAGCCAAGUCAAGUCAUCAUUUCAGGAUCACAAGCGGCAACGCCCAUUUAUGCAGAGAAGAUUUGUCACGAAGGACACAGCAGUGAAACCAAUGUGUGUGUUGUGUCCUUCAUGUUGCAAGCCGAUUUCUAUGAUUAUGAACGGUUGACCCUGACCGGAGAAGGACAGAUCCUCCUUGAACUUGGAGGCUUUGCGGGGUCGUCAAGGAGACUUCUUCGACACAGACUGCUCACCGAAAGGGUUGGUCACGUCUCUGUUCAGGCUAUGGAGAUGCGGUUCAAUGCAUUGACAAAGGAAGAACAGCUCGAGGAGGAAAAUGCCGCUGUGAGCGUUCCCAUUGCAGCUGGUGCUGUCGCUGCCAUGGUGGCUUUGUGCAGCGUGCUUUGGGCAAGGAUGUUUUGUACUCGCAGACCUCCGAGCAGGAAGGAUCAAGUCUACCAAAAACUCCGAAUGAAAAAGGGCAAGGACAUGGACGGCGAUGCCACUGUUGCCACCGUUACCAAGGAGACAAUUGAUUUGACAAUGUCAAUCUCAACUAUUGUGUCCGACAUAUCAGACACACCAUCAAGUCCAGGCCACAGGUCAUCUACCAGUUCCACUUCGGCUUCCAGCCACAGGACCUCUACCAGUACCAGCUCCAGUAGCAGGACCUCUUCCGGCUCUAGGACCAAUAGCAUUUCCAAGACUUCCUCAUCAAACCCCGGCCGGAUGGGCCCUACUAAAUUGGAAAGGGCAUCUUCCACUUCCAAGACUUCCUCGUCCAACUCCGGCCGACUCAGCCCUCCUAGAUUGGAGAGGGCAUCUUCCACUUCCAAGGCUUCCUCUUCCACAUCUGAACUAGUGCCCCCUACUAGACUGGAAAGGGCAGCCUCCACUUCCAAGGCCUCUUCUGGUUCUGGGAGGCGUUCCCCCACUCGCCGAUUGGAGAGGACGCCCUCCGCUUCAAGUCACACGACGAAGUCUAGUCGAAAGUCGCCAACGAAGCUAGAAAGGACACUUGAAAGAGGAUCAUCUAGAUCUAGCCAAAAAAAGAUUUCUUCAGGUUCAAGUCGGCCCACCCCUGAUAGAUUAGAACGCACGUCCUCUGGUUCUAGUCACAGGACGCAUUCUUCACGGACCUCCCCAACGAAACUGGAGCGGGGAUCUUCUACAUCGAGUCACAUGACAUCAUCGUGUUCCAGCCCACGCUCCACCAAGUUGUUGCUGGCGGAGGAGGAUGUUGGGGACGAGAUCAUCGAUGUUACUGCUCGUAAUUCUGGACGAUUGAGCUCUGGUGACAUUUUGGAAAUGACGGCAAGCAUGCAAUCCGCGUUGAGCACACCAGGAGCUGGGCGUCGCCGUGGUUCAGGUACCUCGCAUGCCUCGGGGUCCUCGUGCUGAACACAACAUUCGUAUCUAGACAAGCAAAAGACAAAACAUAGAGAAUCUACUAGAUGCAUCGCAAACUAAUCCAGAACACCGCGGAGAACCCUUGCUUAUAGGGAUCUAUGGAAGACUUUCGAAGUGAAGCAAUGCUUUAAGCAACUAGCUAUAGGGUACGAUCUGGCGGCUGCAAACUUAGUUGUUCAUAGUCAAGGAGAGAGCAACCGUGCUGGCUGGUCACUGCAGUAAGCAAUUCGAAUCAACGAGCUCCCCGGAACCUAGUUUUCCAGGACGAAACCCGCCUAGAGCUUUGAAAGCUAUGGUAUCCAGUACUGCUCAACAAAGAAAAGAUCUUCCUUAGCAUAGGUGCUGUAAUCUGAUUAGAGGAGACCCGCUGGCAGCUCCAACGAUCGAUGCAGUAUGUCAAGGCGGCGAUUCAACUUUGUCCCACCGGACGAAGAAGUCUUCAAUGGCUUCGCUUCUGUUGCUGUACACAUUCAUAAAAUUUGCUCGCCGAAAAGCUUGGGUUGCCUGGAUUAGAAUGAACAUUGCUAGCUAUUGGCUUUGUGCUCCGCCUUGGAAGAAGCACUGCAUCAACGUAUAAACAAAAUUCCUUGACUAGUUUCUUUUGCUGGGGAUGGCAGUGGUGAGGACAAUAAGCAACGAUCUGGUGGCGCCAUGCGUAUCGCUCUACAGUCAAAAGAGUACUACAAUAGCUACCGGUAGCAUAGCCAGGGCGAGCCAAAGCCGGGACCAGCGUCAAACGCUAAAAGUUUUUGACACCCCAGCUAAAUUGUGAUCCAAAGCUCUAAAGGGGAAAAGUGAGGCGCGCAAAAGUCACUUGAGGGUCAUUCAGGGGAAUUUCGUUACAUAACACCCGUUGCCCCCCCCUCGUGGGGAACGAACACCGCAAAUCUCGAGUUCUUUCGAGAUGCUGUCGAGAG